AUGGAAAUUGCCAAAAAGAAAGGGCCAGAAAACACCAUUGUAAAAGACUAUGUGUUACCUGACUACACGACCAUUCGACGCGGAUACUUACGUGAUAUUGUGAAACCUGACGAAGAUUUAGAACAGCAAACUUUACGUCUCAACAAUGAAAGAUUUUCAAUACCAGAAUUGCUUUUCCAUCCCUCAGAUGUUGGUAUACCACAAAUGGGAAUACCAGAGGCGAUAAUACAUUCAAUAGAUGCAUGCCCCCAAGAGAAUAAAGAAAGUUUACUAGAGAACAUUAUAAUGUAUGGAGGAUGCACACUUUUUCCUGGCUUUAGAGAUAGAGUAUUUAAUGAAGUGCGAGCAUUUGCGCUUGAUCACUUUGAUGUUAAUGUUACUCUUGCUGAUAAUCCUUUAACAUAUGCAUGGGAAGGCGGAAAGGAUAUAUUUAGAGACCCUGAAUUUUAUUCAUUUUGCAUAACAAAGGAAGAGUAUGAAGAGGAAGGGAAAGCUUUAGCAUUUGAAAGAUUCGAUAUA